CAGUCAGCUGUGAGCCACAGAAGUUCCUCGCGCUCGAUUUCUUUUUAUUUUAUUAAUUUUUAUAACACUCUAUACAAAAUGAGUAAAGUGAAAAUUUUACUCGCAUUGGCUCUUGUUGCGUGCUUUUGUGUUACAUUAACCACAUCUUUAAGCUGCUACAUUUGUGAUAGUUCGUCGGGUCAAAACUGCAAUCAUACCACAACCACCGCAACUUGCAACUCCUCAUUGGCCCAGCAAACAGUGAAUUAUGGUGUCCAAUACUUAAAUGCGAAUUUAACACAGCUGAAUGCAACCAGUUCAACUUACAAUUGCGUCUAUGAUUUAAUUUCAGCAGGCACCAGCAAUCACACCUACCUCGGUUGCGUUUACAGUACGAUGAACAUUUGCAACUUUACACCAUGGUCGUAUACAGCUCGCCACUGCUUAGUGUGCAACGGUAACAAUUGCAAUCGCAAUCCAGCGGAUCGCGCCACCGGCAGCAUCUUCACAUUGACUGCGGCCAUUGUUUUGGCAUUUGUGGCAAAAAUUAUGUACAACUGAGUGGUCUCCAAAUAUUUUUUUUAUUUUUUUUUUUGUAAAAUAAAUAAUUGUUGUUAUUAGUAUUUAUUAGUACAUUAAAAUUUGCUCAAAUCUAAAAUAUUAAACAAAGUGUCAUAAAAUAGAUUUUCGUUUUUCAACUAAAACUUCUUUAGCUGAACUGAGUACAUGUGUAGAUAUAUACUUUCCCUUCUGUAGGGUGAUUCAAUAAGACCGCAUAUUUUAUUUUAUAAGUAAAACACGACAAAAUUUGUCGAAAUAAUUUGUUUUUAUUGGAUAAUAGCCAAUAAAAACUUGCAGCUUACGCAAUAGUGGCACUUUGAGAUGGUUAAAUUUUGCCUGCGAAUAAUUUCCAUCGUCAUAAAAAGC